AAAUCUUGGGCAGAAGAAUGAUGUGGGGAAACUGGACAACUGUCAAUGAGUUUGUCCUUGUGAGCUUUUCAGCUCUCUCCUCUGAGCUACAGGCUUUACUCUUUCUCCUUUUUUUGGUCAUUUAUCUGAUUACUCUAAUGGGGAAUGUCCUCAUUAUCUUGGUCACUACUGUUGACUCUGCCCUACAAAGUCCUAUGUACUUCUUCCUCAGAAACUUGUCUUUCCUAGAGAUAGGUUUCAACUUGGUCAUUGUGCCCAAGAUGCUGGGGACCCUGAUCAUGCAAGACACAACCAUCUCCUUUCUUGGCUGUGCCACUCAGAUGUAUUUCUUCUUCUUCUUUGGGGCUGCAGAGUGCUGCCUCCUGGCCACAAUGGCAUAUGACCGCUAUGUGGCUAUCUGUGAUCCUCUGCGCUACCCAGUCAUCAUGGGUUACAGUGCCUGUGCCCAGUUGGCAGCUGCCUCUUGGUUCUCAGGUUUUCCAGUGGCCACUGUACAAACCACAUGGAUUUUCAGCUUCCCAUUUUGUGGCCCCAACAGGGUGAACCACUUCUUCUGUGACAGCCCCCCUGUCAUUGCCCUGGUGUGUGCUGACACCUCUCUGUUUGAACUGGAGGCUCUGACAGCUACUGUAUUAUUCAUCCUCUUCCCUUUCUUGCUGAUCCUGGGGUCCUAUGUCCGUAUCCUCUCUACUAUCUUCAGGAUGCCAUCAGAAGAAGGGAAACACAAAGCCUUCUCCACAUGCUCCUCCCACCUCCUGGUUGUUUCCCUCUUCUACAGCACUGCCAUCCUCACAUACUUCCGGCCACGGUCUAGCACCUCUCCUGAGAACAAGAAAGUCCUCUCACUCUUCUAUACAGUGGUGACUCCCAUGUUAAACCCCAUCAUCUACAGCUUAAGGAACAGUGAAGUAAAGGCUGCACUGAAACGGGUCAUCCACAGGACGUGGGCCUUCAGAAACUAAGGCCGACUUAAUAGAAA